AUGGCUCCACCAACAGUGAGGGCGUCACAGACAUCGGUACCAUCUACGCAACAACGGCAGCAACAACAACAAAUUGACGCGGCGGAAUACUAUGGGCUUUACAAGACCGCGCGGACACUUGCGAGAUCUUACCAGGCCGUGGCUCAUCAGAAGGAUGACCAAGUCAAGGCCUUGACACGUGAAAUGGAGGAACUGAAGCUCAAGCUGCAACAGAUGGAGGCACAGCAGCAGAGGCUGACAGCUAGUUACCCAGGCUGCUUCCGCUACUUCCAUACAGCGCCAGCAUCUGCAGCAACCACAUGCGAUACCGCCGCCGCCGCAUUCACAGGUUCAAAGAGCUUCUGCCACCAUUGGCGGGACCUCCAGCUCUGCGACCGCCUGCAACAUGUCUCCGACGUGUCACUCCCUGCGCCGGCACCAGUGGCGGCUCCGACGCAACUAGUUUACCCGGAGAUGCCGAUGCCGCCGCCGGUGUUAGCGCCUCCGCCGGCUGGGGGACAAAACCUGGCCGGCAUGUUUGUGCGGUCCGCGCGCUCCGCACGUGUAGCCGGCGACGCGUGGAGCGCGCGGUACAGCGAGCCGCAGCCCCCCGGGUUAGAAGACGCCGAGGAUGCCGACACAGCCGACGCCAGCAAGGGCAAGAAGUCCAAAGAGGCCAAGGGAUCCAUCACCAAGGCGUUUAAGAAGCUCAUGUCCAAGAGCUGGCGCGGCGGUCGCGACGAAAACCCGCACAGACAGGAUGCCGGCGAAGGCGGAGGUGGUGCCGCCGCAGUCGCGGGUACCGACAUCCUUGAUCCGCACCAGAACUACCACCAGUACAGCCAGCAGCAACAACAACAUUUGUCGUACCCGCACACCGUGGCUCAUAACUGGGGCCCCAUGGAGCAGGCACCACCGCUGUCCCUUGACUCCCACGACCUGGGUACGGGCCACGGCGUCCAUAACCCAUCUCUAUUGCCGUUUGCAGCUGAGCCGCUUAGUAUGGCGCCGCCGCCGUUGGCGCUGCCUGCGGCGGCCGUCACGGAUAGGUCGCUGGCGGCUCAGCAACAAGCGCUGCGUCCAGGAGUUAAAGGUCCCCUCCAGUCCCAGUCCCAAGUCCAAUCGCCAGGUCGCGUCCUGCAGUUCCAGGGUUCUCUGGGCCGUACCAACCCCCUGAACUCUUCCACGUCGGAGAUAAUCGUCGCACGAAAUGCCCACAGCCAAUCCCAAAUCAGCAGCGCCGGCAUCGGCGUCGCCGCCGCCGCAGCACGCGGCCUCCAUCCGCAGGCGAGUACCAGUACCGGUGCAUCAUCCAUUCUGUUACCGCCCAGCGCCGCUGCACCAUUGCCUUUGGACUCCAGGGCCUCGGCCUUCAGUCACUCCGUUGUCGGCGAUGGUGGCAAUUGGGGAGUCCGGGUUUCACGCUCAGCCAUGGGCCAGUUUGCGCAGCGACUGAAGAAUAGCGUGCCAGCACCCGCGAUGCGGCGGUCAUAUGACGGCUCGAUGGACAUGGCUGCCGCUGCCGUUGCCGGCGUCAGUGGACUGGUCAGCUCCACUGCAUCCGUCCACCAGUCUUGGAGCUCGGAUGGUGCGGCGGCGGCGGCUUGGGCUGUGGCUGGAUCGCACCCCACGGAGCUGCCAAUGCCGCCUUCCGCCAACUCGCUGCGGCCCAACUCGGUAGGCAGGAGCGGCGGAGUCACGACUUCGCUGUCCUCUCUCAAUUUCCGCGCCGCCGCGGCGCAGCUCAACCAUCUGCCACCGCGGCCUGCUGGCCGGGCAACCGCUGUCUCUCCGGCUGCUGCUCCUGCUGGGCCCAAUGUCCUCCCGGGCGGACAUGGUGGCGUGGUGGCUGCUGGCGUCGGCGCUACUGCCAUUGCCGGAAGCGGCCUGACUCACAUGAUAGAGCAGGGCGCUGCUCCCUGGUCAGGUCCGCAAGCCGCCGCGCCUGAGGCAGCGCCUGCAUCCAUUGCCUCCGCGGAGAUAGUCAUCGCCGUCCGCUCGCCGGUAGCCAAUCGCACUGCGCCGGCACAUAUGACGCAGCUCUCGACUCCAGUCAAGAACUUCAUGGCAGACGCUGCAGACGCUGCCAAGUCAACCCUGAAGCCCAAGCCUCCCGCCUCACCUAUCGCUGCUGCCGUUGUUGCUGUUCCGUCAUCGGAGGCAUAUCUGGAGGGUAUCCUUGGCCGUCUGAAGACCCCCAGCGUGCUGCUCACCGCCAGCACUGCUGCACAGCUAGCCGCGGCUGUACAGGCUGACCUUGAUCAAGUUCAGCAGCAGCCGGCCCCUCCGCCACCUCCGCCAUCGCCGCCGCCGCCGCCGACAACGACCGAGAUGGCGGAUGCCGUCGUCGGUGCUGCUGCUGUUGCUUCAGUCAGCGUCCUGCAUCUGACCGCAGACGAGGCCGUGCAGACGGAGAGCCCAGUGAAGGCAUGUGCAUCGCAGCCGGAGCAAGGCACUGCCCCAGCAUCAACAGCCACGUCUAGUUUGACGCCUCAUGGGGGAGAGGACGACACUGUACUACGACGCGACCUGCGGCGCAGCGUGGGCGUGGGGUGGCGGUCAAAGGCCCUGGGCUACAAAAACGCCUUUCCAUCUCCCAGUUUUCAUGAAAAGACGUUGCCACGGGCGUCAAUGUCCGCGGGAAUGCUCCAAUCCCUGGCUUCGCCUCCUCCUUCGCCGCCACCGCCACUCCUGGCCAGGUGCACGGCGAUGGUCGAGGAGUCCCUGCUCGCCGGCACCCCGAUCAGCCCGCAGCAAAAGUCAUCCCAGGCCCAGCUCGAGCCAACUGCUGCCUCCGUGGACUUAGUACCCAUGCCUGCUUCUACCCGUGUCUCCAGGACCGCCCCAGCGUCACCCGCCGUGCCACCUGUAAUGCAGGUUUUGGGCCGUACACCCACACGGGCAUCAUCAUCAUCUGCAGCUGCUGCCGCUGCCGAGCUAUUUGCACUGGACAGUCCUAAGGCCCCGGCUCCGCCGUCGUCACCUCGAGGCCCCGGGGGCGAAGAUGUGGAUGAGCUGGAAGCCGUGGAGCAGCGCGCCGAGGCAGUGUCGCUGCUUCAGUCGUUCAGCCCUCGGGUGCGUGUGGGAACCCGGGCCGCUGCGGACAAGACGGAACAAAGCUUCACAAACAAAAGUGAACAAAGGGCGGCUGGAGGAGGCGGCGGAGGCGGAAGCCAAGGCGGCAGCGAGGACGCGAAAGCGGCAGGAGCAGCGGCAUUCGCGACCGCUACAAAAGGAUCACGCGUGGGCGACAUCAUCACCAGCAUCGGCACUGAAGCUGCCGAGAACGUUACUGGCGGUGCCAAGGGCGGCAUUGUCGAGCCAGCGGAGCCGCAACAGCCGCAGAUGAUGCGGCGGAUGGACAUGAUAGGGGAAGGGGGACGGCGGAUCGCAGUUCAUAACGACAAGAAGGUGGUUGAGGCUGUAGGGGCAACCAAGACCAAGGCCUUGCCUACUACCAAGACGACCGCCACUGCAACAGUCAACGAGAUCGUUACAACAACGUUGACGGCAACCAUUAUUACCACGGGACAUGUUCCCUCGACAGACCUGGAUUGCCAGCCUGACGGCGAAGGUGGCACGGUGGGUGCGCUCUGGCUGGCAGCGCCAGUCAGCGCCCGUACGGUCGCCGCUUCCGUAUCCGUCAAGCCUGCCCGCGGCUACGGCGGUCGUUACGCUGCCACAGUUGCGGAGUGCGAUAGCAGCAGCAACCCGAGCACCAGUCGCAGCGGCGCCUGCUCAACGGAGCCGUCGCCACGCCGCCAGCAUCCCACACACGACACACAAUUCCGGACGCACGACCCCAGUGACACUAAAGUAGCUGGCUGCCCGGGCGCUGACGGCAGUGCCACUCUGGCACUUGCCUCAGCGAAGCUCUCCGACGUCCGCAAGACUGUGUCCAGUAGCGGAGUGACACACGAAACGGUUUCCGCGGCACCUAUUAGCAGCCGCACUGGCACUCUACUACACGUUGCUGACGUGGCGCUGUCAGAUUACCCGAGUGCCCGGUCCAACCCCAGCGCGUCGGCGCGACUGCGUGAGCGUGAGGGUGUUAGCAACGCGCACUCGGGCGGUGCGACGCCCUCCUCCUGCCGCCAGAUUUCCCUGGCUGUGGCGCCGUCGCCGUCUCCACCUGUCAGUGCCAGCGACAGCUCUGCCGGUAGCUGGGAUCCCGUGCCCAGCAGCCAGCGCGGCAGCAGCGGCUGUGCUGCGCCCCGUAGAGGCAUAGUGCCUUCAUCGUUGGCGGCAUCGGCGGCAACGGCUACGGGGCCGACGCCUGCGGAAAUAUCUCAGGCCGCCGGCGUGGCGUCGGGGAUCCGGCACCAGCAACUCCCCGCAUCGAGCUCGCGACCCGAUGGGGGAUCGGCAAUGGGUGCACAGCCGCCGCCUCAGCAUUUGCUGCUGCUCGACAGCAGCACCGGCGGCGUCACUCCUGCCGCCCUGCGUCUGCAGCAGAACCUCACGGAGGCGGCGAACUCUGUCUUGGAGCCCAUUGCUGCACGGAAGCGCGGCGCCGUGCGGCGGCGCUCUCUAGCGGCCGGGUUGGACGCGGCGGGCGAUGCGAUGAAGGAACCGGCCUCGGCUGUCGGCGGGGCUUCCGCAGCAACAGCGGCGGCGGGGGCAACGCAUGAGUUGAGCCUGCUUGCGCCCCGAAACCGCCACCGCCGCUGGUGGUCGCAAGGCGACAGCGAAAACUUAAGAGAAGAUGUGCCAUCAGCCGUGGCUGACGAGCUGCCCGCCCGUACCACGGUGUCCACAUCCAUAGAUGCUGCCCCUGUGGCGGGUACAUCCGCCGCCGCGGGCAAUAUCGUACCUACCGUCGUGAGCAGCCAUUGCAGCGAUGGGCAAGCGGUAUCUAGGAGGGUCACGACGGCUAUGGACAUUAAACCGGCGACCUCCGCGAGCCUUGAGUUCGUUCUGACGGAGUGCCAGCGGCAUCACGCCGCGUCUGUAAUCCAGUCGAGCUGGCGCGACGCCCGUGCCGUACGAUCGGUAGGCGCGGGCGCCGAAGGGUUGCUGGCGGCGGCCUCCAAGGCGGACAAGGCGCGCUCUGUGCAAAGACAGCACCUGGAACAGCUGCAGCAGCGGCAACAACAGCUGCAGAAGCGGCAGCAUGCCCGACUGCAACACAGCAAGUCCGCAAUGACGAUUCAGAGGGCUUGGAGGGCGUACAUGGCCGCCAAGGCUGCGGCGAAGCGCGAGGAGCACCGGCGGCAGGAACCCGUGCACCAAGGCCCCGGCCUCUCCCCAUCGGCCGCUACCCCGGUACUGGUCCUGCUGCCGCUCUCUCAGCAGCAGCCGGUGUGCGUACGUCUGCCGUCGGCCCGUAUGUGCAGCAGCGGCGGCCUGAAGCGCCGCCUUUUCCAGCCGGUGACCUACUCCCUGGAUGGUAUGGGCCGCGGCCCACUGCUCGACGCCUCGGAGCGGCUGCGGCUGCUUCGCGGCAGUAUGAGCCAGAGCGAGGGCGGCUGGUCGGGGUCUGUGAACGAGUCAACGGCAAUGGACGCGCAGCAGCCGGAAUGCAGGCGACGCAGCGCCAGCGCUGGAGGCGCCUCGCCUGCACUGGAUGCGCCUUUCCCACAACCAGCGUUCAUGUUGCCAGACAACGCCGACGAUGAUAUUGGUGACGUGGCCGGACCAGUCCCCGUCAAGUCGGCCCCUAUGGCUGCAGUCAGAGCUGCAAUCCUUCCCCCCGCUGGCCCUGCCGUGGGCGGCCUCUUGGCCACUGCUGCAGCGGCAAUCACAGCCGGUUCUUCUGCAAUGCCAGUAGCUGCUGCUGCUCCUGCCGCUGGCACCUCCACGCCCGUUACACGGUCGCCAGCACCACCAGCACCACCACCGCAGCCGCCGCCGCCACCGCCGCAACCAGCCCAUCAGCAACAGCAGGUUCGCGCCAGCCUCGACCUCUUGAGCAUGGAAACUGCAGCCGCGGCGCUGCCACUGCCUGAAGCCAACAGCGACUACUCAUCCGCCGCGACGCAGUCCUGGCCUGCUGGCCUCAAGAUCAGCUGUCCACCUCGGCCCCACUCUGAAUCCACCGCCGGCGUAGUGGCCCUUGCCUCCGCAGCAUCGCCCAGCACACAGCCCACGACGGCCAAUUCACCAAUGCCACCCAACCCCCUCGCCAGUCCCACGUUUUUGUUCUGUGGCGACGUCGUAACUCGCGCCGGCGCUGUGCACUCGGACUUAAUCCACGGUCGCACUCGCAGCCGCGUCCACAGCAGCUGCGGAUCUGACAUUCGAACCGUUGAUGAUCACGACGGUGACGACGGCGUCCGGGACCGGCCCAUGGGUCGAGGUGGCGUCAGUCUCAUCAGCGCUAGCUGGGACGGUGGUCGCAUGCUCCUGGAGCGCUCCGGCCCUUCCCUGGACCCCAAGAGUGCUGUACGACGGAGCUACGGCGACGGCAGCAAUAACAAUGCCGCUGGCGGCGGUUUCAUGGACAGCCUACGUGGGAUCCGCACGGAUGUGACGCUGCUGGCCCAGCUGGCCGGCGCAGCCAUGAACAGCUGCCUGUCUUCCUCACCAGCACGGGCGCAGCAGCACACACCGAAGCAUCAGCCGGCACCGCUUCCACCGCGGCAGCCACCUGCUCCUUCGCCGCCAUCUCAGGGCCUUGCCGCGGCCACGACCAUGACCGCGAGCAUCACAGCAACAGUCACCUCCACAGCUGCUGCCAUUCCCAAAUAUGCUGGAGCUGAUACCCUGCCGACGGGGUUAGUAGUUAGCAGGCAGCCUCCCUUGAACACGGCCAUCAGCCCGCUGGGAGUACCUCUCGACAGCUUUUGCCGGAUCGGCACCGAAGAGGAGUUGGCUGAGUUUGAGGCCAUCGAGGCGGCUGUAGCAGCAGCCGGAAGCAGAAGUGGAAGCGACAGGAGCGACGCCUUGCCCGCAGGGCCGCCCGCGGUGGGGUUGUCUGCAGCACGAGCGUUAGCUACGGAAUUCACCGGCGAUGAUGAUGACGAAGCCCCCAUCACGUCUUCACGCUGCCUUACCACCACGCCGCCCACAUCUCGCCUGCUAAGCUGCAGCAGCAGCAACGACGAGGGUGACGAUGACGAUGACCGGCUUAUGCUGCGCAUCGAGCAAUGCGAGUUGUCAUCAAAUCCCGCACCUGCCACUGCUCCGCUGGAGGCGCAGGAGGUUGUACAGGAAAGGGACUUCGUUGGUCGCGAGGAGAACAAUGACGGAAGCCUCAGCCCGCUUCGUCAAACGCAGGCUUCCGAUCGCACGCCGCAGGCGUACAGCACUAGCUGCCUGGCUGCCGGUAUUGGCAGUCCACCGUCGAUAAGUACUGCCACCACCACCACGACGGGCGGAGAUGCGGAUAAGCUGUUGGGUGUUGGCAAUGCGCCCAGUCCAGUCCGCUGGCACACUUCGGAGCUGUGGGAAAUAGCGCACCUGCACCCGCACACCCCGACACCGCUGAGCGCGUCCCACCGCUUCGAUGACGUCCUUACUUGCGCUCCUCCGCCUCCGACACCGUCGACGCCGCCACCACUGCAGACGGCGGCGGCGGCGGCGGCUAGCACGACCCAACCGCUGGCGACUGCAUCUAUGAGACUGCACGUCCUAUCCGGCGAUACCGUCAAUAGACUGAAGCUUCGGGCUGCAGAGCCCGCACCACUGCAUUCCAGUCCCACCCUCUCCGCGGCUUCAGGGCAGUGCCAGGUAGCGGCGAUGCCAGCCACAACUAAGGGCAUCGCAGCUGUCGCGACAACAGUGACAGGCGCCACAACUGCUGUUGCCAAGACCACAGCCGCCGCUGCUGCUUUAACUACCCCUGCAGCUGCCGCGAAAUCAAUUCCCGCUGCGGCUGCCUCAGCAACCGCUGCAACUGCCAAGCCUGGCGGCACAACAUCCUCCCUCCGCAGCAGCCUGAGCAAGAUUCCAUCACUGAAUACCAGCGCAUUGUCGGGCUCUGCUGCGUGCCAGUCGGAAUCACGGGCUCAGUCACAAUCGGCGCGCUCCUCUACAACCAGGGAUGCAUCGACCCCGUUGCAACCGCAGCCUCAGCAGUCGCAGCCAAGCUCUGCGAGUGGCGCCAUGCCUAUCUCCGCUGCGCAGUCCACCGCCACCACCACCACCACAUCCGCCACCACGCUCAAGGGUAUCGCGCGCUCCGAUUCGCAAAGCCGCGCAGUUCUGACGGAGGCCACCAACAGUAUUGCGAUCGCUGCCACCCAAGCGGCGACGAUGGCAGCCGCCACUGCCGCCGCCGCCGCUGUGUUGUCGCCCUCCUUGAAAACACAGCGCCUUAUUAGCUCAUCUUCCAGCAGUGGCAGCAGCAACUGUAGCAGCAGGAGCGGCGAGACCACCGCCACGAGCGUCAACCCUACGUCGUACGAUAGCGCCACGGCGGUGGCGUACAUCUUCCCCAAGUCAUCCAUCAACAAGGGCGAUACACCGGCGGCUCCGGUCGCUGCUGGCGCUGCCACUGCCUCGACUGCCGACGGCCCCGCGGCCCUAGACAGGCGCUCCUCCGCGGUGGUCGGGAUGCUGUGUCCUGCACCCAGCGGUACUGCUGCUGCUGCCGCCGCCGCCGCCAUGCUGCCAGUUGCGCCCGCUGCCAUCGGCAGCAGCGGCGUAUGCUCCCACCAGGAGCGUCGCCGCUACGCGAGCAGCCCUAGCAUGAUCAGCGCACGUAUGACAAGCCCGAUGCUGGACGGCGACAGCGACGCCUCGCCGCGUCUGGGCCUCCCGCCGCACAACACCCUAUACCCCUCUGCUGCGCCACGCCGGUUAUCAACCGGCUCUGCCACUGCCAGCUCGGAGGGCUCGUCGCCCCGCUACGCCGGCAUAUCUUCCAAGCUGCCGCACGCCUUAUCGUACUAUCAGAACCCCUACUUUGACAUCGGCAACGGCAGCGGCGGUAACUCCAUGGCCGCCCAGGCAAGGGGGCUUUGCCACCGCCGUUCCUCUUCUUCCCCGGGAUCACUGGAGGACAUGUCCCAGGGGGCCACGGAAAGCGGCGUUGCGGCGGCGGCGGUGCUUUCAGGUGGACUGGCUGCGGCGGCCGCGGGAUCAGCUGGGGUGGAUUCAGCAGCUGCGCUUUGCCACAGCAGCUUUGCGGGCAGCAAGCGGCAGCAGGCAGACGCGGAGGCCUUCUCUCUGUAUGGCGGCCUGGCCCUGUCGUAUGAGAGCAGCGAUAGCGAGCUUUGA